UUUCACAAGUACCCUGAUUGGCUCUAACUUUCCGUGACGUAGCAAAGCGUAAUUAAUAAUUUCAGACUUUGGCAAAUGUCAGAUUAGCAUACAAAUCGCUCUUCCGAGAAGAAAAAAUACAGUCUCUGCAGACGAGAGGAAGCUAACGCUCGUUUUAUUUUCUAUCAUGAAGUGGUCAGGUGUUUUUGCUWUUGGCCUUUUAAGCCUUGCAUGCUUCACAUAUGCCAAAAAAGACAAUAAACCCAAUAAAGUGGACAAGAGGCCAAAAUCAAAGCUCACGAAAGACAGAAAUCUUGACAUUGAUGGCACGUCCUUUAGCAUCAAGGGGAAAUCAGGAAAAUUCUCGGUUAAAAUGAAAGGCCAAAAUGAAAGCAUGGUCGUCUUCAUGGAUGCCAUUUAUGAAAAAGACAAAAUGGGGAAAAAAAUUGGCAAACAAGGGAAAUUGAAACACUCGCUGGAAUCGUUUGCAUCAAUAGAUUUUGAUUUUACAGCCACAGAGAAAACAAUGUACAAGGGUGAGGUCAACGCUUCAUAUUUCACUUUUUCUGCCAUGAUUCCCGGAACGGGAGCAAGCUUGACAUUCAACAUGUAUUUCUUUACUGCGAACGGGAGUUCAAACGUUUGUGGAAACGACUCUGACUUUUCGAUCUUUCCUGGCAUGGUGAAGUUUGACUUAACGCUCCAAAAUUGGACAUUCUGCGGCGACUCUUCUGCUAGUUGCAAGAAAGGUGAAGUAGGGGAAAAUGUUGAAAUAAUACUAACGGUUAUGAGGAAAGGGAGAGGUAAACUUGGAGAAAUGAAAGGAGGAAAAGGCAAGAGACGACGAAGGGCUAAAAAGCUCUUUUUCGCCGGUCAGGCUAUUGAAUUUCCUAGCCUGUACGAAGGUGACGACCAGUGUCUUAACAUGACCGAGAGCUACCCGAAGAUCACCAAAAGGGGAGAUAAGUACUCCGUAAAUUUCCGAUUCCCUAAGUUCAAGGGAAAGGUCUUUUACGACCCAACGAUCGGAGACGCUCGUGACGAGGCUGAAUACGAUACUAACGAGAAGAUUGAGGAGACCCCGACGGAGGCUGCGACUACAGAGGCACCUACUACUGCGGGAUCGUCACACGUCUUUCCUACAUUCUUUUCAAUUGCCCUGGUUGGAUUUGUAGCAGCUCAUUUGUAUUUCUAGGCAGUUAAAAGCAAUUUUAUGUAGCUUCAUUCGUUGCAAUAUACAGCUACUUCAAAAUACGUUGUCGGGGAGAACGGCGAUUGUCGAAUGGAGAUCAUGGCCGAAAGGGACUAAUGGUGCACUGAUAAACAAAAUUUCACUUAUUGGAUUCGACUUACAUAGAAGUAGAGACUAAAAGGAGCCAAUGUUUACCACAGACCAUCUUACAGUACAAAUCAGUUGUUAUUGGCCUUUCAACUAGCAAAACCCAUGGCUACUUUCGGUCGUGCAAUCGCCGUUCGACCAUUGAUGCAUUCGCCAUUUUAUCCGACAGCCUUUUUUUCGAAAUAGCUAUAUAUUAUCUCGCUGUUAUAUGUGUUUAGAAUAAUAGAAUGGAUAGAGGACUGGAUAAUAGCUUGCUUAUGAAGAGAAGCGUUUUUGUUUUCACCAACAAAUGGGCUAUUACAAAUAAUGAAUUGUAAUUGCCCCCCUAUCUCAGCCUAAUCCACAAACCGAUCCAAAGGGUCUAGUUACGAGGUUGUCCAAAACCGGGAGAGCCUAUGUAGCACUCAGUUGAUGUAAUAUAUUCAUAAAGUACAAUACAAAACACAUAAUACAAUAGAACGAGAAACAAUGGAAUACAAUACAUUUUGUGAAUACAUUACACCAACUGCGUGCUACGGUGUAUGUUCCCCCAUGGGCUAUUCCCAAAGUAUGACUUAGACUYCCUGGCAGAGUCUUGCUUCUGUAGUUUUGACUAAAUGUCGGUUUCCCUGUGGAAAAUAAUAAGUAAAAGACCCUCGUCACUAGUCCCACUUCCUCCGUUAGAGUUUUGGCGAGAUAUUUGUGAAUACUAAAAAAAACCAAGACUUUAUCUCUUGGCUUCUAUCGUAUCAAAGUCAUUCGUCCUCAUCGUAUAAUUUUUUCAAUAAUCUUUAUAACCAAAGCAAAUCAAUGCAAUAAUCAAUAGCUUUUCACCGGCCAACUAGACUAGACUCGGACGACCUUCAGCGGGCAGCCCGAGUAAAAAUGGUUAUCGGUGAGCUUAUUUUAGCAAGUUAAUAACAAUGCUUCAUGUAACAUCCUCUAUAUUUAUUAUUAAUCGGAACAAAAGUUCUCAUAAAGUUUGCUUAUAGUUACUCUGAACCGCCUCCCUCUCAAAGGGGACUGGUGCUGAGAAACGAGAGAGACUAAACCCGAGCUAACCUAUAUAAGUUACAAUAUUGUAGGCUGCAUUCGGCUGCACUGAAAGUCUACCAAUAAUAUUUGAUUUGAUGUGCUCGAGCAAGUAAAUACAUUUAUUUAUCAAAAAUAAAUUUUCACAACCAGUUACUACUUGCAUGUUAACAGGUUAUUCGCGCCGCAUCGAUAACUUUCUAAAACUUGAUUCUAUUUAUAAAUGUAGUCAAAUAGGCACAAAAGAAAACAAAUCUUUCAGUAUGUAUGUAUUCAUGAAACUGAGAAACAUUUAUAUUAAUACUUUUCUCAAUUUAUGAUAAAUAAAAGCACCAUUUAAUUAAUAGUUAUA